AUGUUCUAUAAAUUUCUCAAUCUGAAAGAGUAUGGAUGAUGGAAAUAAUGUGAUUCGGUCGUUAUUAUCAAAAGCAGGUAAAGGACAAACGAGUAAAUCAACCAAUACGAAUAUACCCAGUUUGGAUUUAUUGUCGCAGUUGGAUCCAGCUAUUAUUCAACAAGUACGUCAGGAAUAUAUUACAACUCAACAAUGGAGUAACAACAGCAAUAAUACCCUUUCAUUAGAUCAGUUAUUGGAUUCAAUGGUACAAGUCACCAGUAUUACCCCAGAAUUAAUAAGUCUUUUGGAUCGAAUGAAAAAAGAAACCACUGUUUUAGAGACCAUAGCUGUUUGUCAACGAGCUCAGAAUGAAAAAGAACGGCAAUUAUCAAAGCAAAGAAACCUAUUAUUGGAGAAACAUAAAAACCAGUUGGAUACCAUUUUGGCAAAACAAAUGAUCGGUGCCAAAAAUGCAGAUGAAAAAUACGAGUUUGAAGAACGAUCCAAGAUAGAACUGGGUCAAAUGGAUAGACAUAUUCUACGGGAAUUGGACAAGGAGACGCAGGCUCUACAGCUAGCUCUCAAAAAGCAUAAGGUACCUCUGUUUUAUGUCACCAAGGAUCCAACUAUUCUCUCUUUACAAAAAGAGAUUAUAUCAUUAUUAUUACAAUAGAUAUUAUAUUUGAUUUUAUAAAAACAAAAAAAAUGGAAUAAAAAUAAACAAUCAUCACUAUU